AAGUGAAUUGGCAACACUGCAACUGUCAGUGUAAAAAAAAUCCGCGAAAAAAAUUUCGCGUUAAAAUUAAAAUAGAGGGUAAUUAAGUAGACUUACUGUUUAAUAAAGUCGAAUUAUCAACAACUAUUACAUGCGAUUAAAAUUAUUAGUUAAAACCACAUGCCAUUACUUAAAAAUGGCUUCCGCGCCUAAAAAACCAAAGUUAUCCACAGCGUCGACAUCAAGUGAUGAAACAAAGCAAACCAUCGAGGAUUUUAUAAAGAAAAUACAUGUGAAACGCGAAGAAACAGCUGAAUCUAUUUCUAAAUUUAAAUUUAUCAAGAAACGCCUAAGAAUUAUAUCUCAAUCACAACUUGUUCCGGAAAGUUGUGAAGGAAUCGUAUAUUGGAUGUCUAGAGAUAGCAGAGUUCAGGAUAAUUGGGCACUAUUGUUCGCACAACAACUUGCUCUAAAGAACGAAGUGCCACUACAUGUGUGUUUUUGUUUAGUAGCAAAAUAUUUGGAUGCAUCAAUAAGACAGUUCCAUUUUUUAUUAAAAGGAUUAGAGAAAGUAGCAGCAGAUUGCAAGAAAUUGAACAUAUCAUUUCAUUUGCUCGAGGGCAGUGGAGCUGAUGUAUUGCCACAAUGGGUGAUUGACCAUAGUAUUGGUGCUGUUGUGUGCGACUUUAAUCCACUGAGAGUACCUCUAAGCUGGUUAGAGGGCCUUAAAAAGAAACUCCAAAAUGAUGUACCAUUGAUUCAGGUAGAUGCUCAUAAUAUUAUUCCCUGUUGGGUUACUUCAGAUAAACAGGAAUAUUCAGCCAGAACCAUAAGGAAUAAAAUAAACUCAAAACUUGAAGAAUACCUAACAGAGUUUCCACCAGUUAUCAAACACCCAUACACCAGCAAAUUUGAACCAGAACCAAUAGAUUGGAAUGAAGCCAUCGAGUCCAGGGAAGCAGACAAAUCAGUGGGACCAAUAGAGUGGGCAAAACCUGGAUAUGACGAAGCCAUGAAGAUGCUCAAGAGUUUUCUAGAUGUAAGGUUAAAAAUAUUUGCCUCUAAACGGAAUGAUCCCAUGCAAGAUGCUUUAAGUAAUUUAUCACCUUGGUUACAUUUUGGUCAGAUCUCAGCUCAAAGAGUAGCUCUCUGUGUACAGGAAUACAAAACUAAAUUUACAGAGAGUGUGAAUGCAUUCCUGGAGGAGGCGAUAGUUCGGCGAGAACUUGCAGACAAUUUUUGUUUCUACUGUGAACAUUAUGAUAGCAUAAAAGGAGCCAGUAGUUGGGCACAGAAAACAUUGGAUGAUCACAGGAAAGAUAAAAGAACAUAUAUAUAUUCACUAGAAGAACUGUCCAAAUCACUCACCCAUGAUGACUUAUGGAACUCGGCACAGCUUCAAUUGGUGAAAGAGGGCAAAAUGCAUGGUUUCCUGCGCAUGUACUGGUGCAAGAAGAUCUUGGAGUGGACGCCAAGUCCAGAGGACGCUCUGAAAUAUGCUAUCUACUUAAAUGAUCAUUACAGUAUGGAUGGGCGGGACCCAAACGGUUAUGUCGGUUGCAUGUGGUCGAUAUGUGGGAUACACGACCAAGGCUGGGCCGAACGGGCCGUCUUUGGUAAGAUACGCUUCAUGAACUAUGAUGGCUGUAAACGUAAAUUCGACGUUAACGCAUUUGUGGCACGUUACGGCGGGAAAGUCCAUAAGUAUGUCCCGAAGAAAUGAGAGAACUUACUAAAUUUUCUAAUCUAAGUUAAAUAAAACUAGAUUCUACCUCAUUCGCCCGCGAGAAUGUAAAAUUGGUUUCAACAAUAAUUGAGAAAAAUGUACUGAUUUUUUUUUAUAAGUUAUUUAUUUCGUAAGGAUAUUAUUUUGUAAUAUUUCACUGUUCCUUGUAAGAUAAGAAAGGUAUUAAUUUUACAAUUUAUAUUGUUAUGAAUCAUGUUUUGUAUUAAUAUUUGAGAUUGUAUUUUUCAGUAUUAUUAUUGUAAUAUGUUUGAUAUAUUUACUAACAAAAUC